CACAAGAUCAGCACGCCCACCCUCACAAGUCUAAUGGUGAACCUGCCGCAAUUUUAUGUACUUCCAUCCCCUCGUUUCUUUAUGUUUUUGGAGUAAGCGAUAAACUUUGUGAAUGAGUGUGGAUUUUGUGGAGAGUUUCUACUGCGUCUUCCACCGCCGCUGCUGCUGCUACAGGCGUCUCUGCGCGCCCGAGGGGAGAACAUGUCCAAUGGGAAAGAAGCAAAUGUUCCAGUGAACAGCCCCUCGCAAAUGACCCUCCAAGAGUGCCUGGAUGAGUGCAUGGAAGCGCUGGACCUCUUCCUUAACAACCACUUCAAUGAGAGCUUAGACAGGCUUAGGCCAAGGGUGAAUGAGAGCAUGUACCAUGCUCUGAUCUACGCCACAGUGCUGGAAAUGCAGGCCAUGAUGACGUUUGAGCAUGACGACAUCACUAACGCCGGAAACACCAUGAAGAGUGCCCAGGAGGUGUGCCAGAGGUUUCGAAGAAAAUCUCCAGGUCUGAGCAGUAAGACUGGGGAUUCUCUGUCUGAAGUGCAGCUCCAUGCUGAAGUGUGUUUUGCUGAAUGUCAGCUGCAAAGAGCAGCUCUCACCUUCCUACAGGAUGAAAAUAUGGUCAGCUUUAUCAAAGGGGGCAUCAAAGUACGGAACAGCUACUUGAUAUACAAAGAACUACAUUCCUUCAUCAAAUCCCAUAAUUGUCAGAAAGGAGCCAGCCACCUGCAUUUAGAGGGAGGUGUCUCAUUUGGAAUAGGUGCCUUUAAUCUGACCCUCUCUUUGUUUCCUCCUCGGAUACUCAAACUGUUGGAGUUUGCUGGUUUCUCUGGAGACAAGGAGUUUGGUUUGUCACUGCUCAAGGCUGGUGCCACAGGGAUGAACCUGCGCUCGAUGCUGUGUGCUCUCCUAUUGCUCUGCUACUACACAUUUCUAACUAUUAUUCUUGGCACUGGUGAAGGAGAGGUGACUGAGGCUGUGGAGCUGCUCAAACCUUUCCGCCUUCGCUAUCCACAGGGAGCAAUCUUUCUCUUUUUUGCGGGCAGAACUGAGGAGAUUAAAGGCAACAUUGAUGAGGCCGUGGCUCUGUUUGAGGAUGGCUGUAAGGCGCAGCAGGCCUGGAAGCAGUUUCACCACAUGUGCUAUUGGGAGCUCAUGUGGUGUUUCACCUUUAAACGAGACUGGAAGAUGGCUUACUUCUAUGCAGACCUCCUGAGCCGAGAGAGCCGCUGGUCCAAGGCUAUGUAUGUGUACAUGAAAGCAGCAUAUCUGAGCAUGCUUCCAGAGCAACAGGCCAGACCUUUUGAGGAGGAUGAGGUACUGCUCUUCAGACAAGUGCCCACCUUCAAGCAGAAGAUUGCAGGGAAGUCUCCACCCACAGAGAAAUUUGCAAUCCGUAAAGCUAGACGCUACAAGGCUCCCAGCCCUGUCAGACUGCCAGUGCCGGCACUGGAGAUGAUGUACAUGUGGAAUGGCUUCAGUAUGAUCCGGAUGAGACCUGAGCUGAUCAAUGGCAUGUUGGAAACUGUGCAGGAGGCAGAGCGUACUCUACAGGACAAUCCUGAGAAUGAGUUUCUGGUGGAUGACCUGUGUUUGGUUCUGCUGCUCAAGGGAGUGUGUUUGAGGAACCAGGGCUGUCUGCAGUCUGCUCUGGAUUGUUUCAAACAGCUGUGUGACAGUGAGAGGAGGAUCCGCUUUGACCACUACCUGGUGCCCAAUGCUCUGGUGGAGAUGGGUCUAAUUUACAUUGACAAAGGUGAAAGGGACAACGCUAUCAAAGUACUGCGCAAGGCCAAAAAUAACUACAAAGAUUACUCCAUGGAGUCCCGGACACAGUUCAGGAUACAUGCUGCUCUAGCCAAAGUUAAGGCAGAAAUAGUGGAAGAUGAGGACACACAGCUAUGAGAUGCUUCUCUACUGUGAACUCAGUUUCAACUUAUCAACUUUUGAGUUUUUAGCCCCAAGCUGGCAGAGGGCAGAAGACUUUGAAUUAAUGAUAUUCAAAAGCCUUAGAAGAACACAUGAAGUCAAGAGUGACAUUUUAACAAAGGGACUUUCACCACUUGGAUAUACUUCAAGGUGCACCAUGCAACUUUCUGGUUGGGUUUCAUUACCUGCUUGUGUCUGUCAAUGUGUCAUUAUUCUGCCUGGAAUGUUUAAUGACAUUAAAGAGAUCUACCUUAGAUUUAUUCAAUUACAGGUGAUUUUUAAAAAAAUGCCUAAAAAAGACAGGAAUUCUGACUAUGAUAACGGUUACCUCUCCACAGAUCCGACCUGUAACUUGAUCUGGUUUCGUCUCCAGACAAAGCAAAAACAUCUCCAUGUAGAAAAGCAUUUGAUGGAACCCCAACAAAUAAAGUUACACAAUGCACCUUUAUAAAUGCACCCUGAUCAAAUUCACACUAACACUUUCAAGUACCUCCUUAUAAGCCCAAGUGAAAAUUGUCCUAAAUCCAAAUUAUUAGUACAAAGUCUGACUAGAAUUGGCGUCUGUUUACAUCAUUGUAAUGGUUAUUUUAUUGAUUGUAAUAGGCACAAUAAUCAUUUAAAGCUUCAUCUAACAAAUUUAGAGCUUUUAUGGUAGGUUCAAUUAAUUAUUGUAUUUUUAAUAUUUCAUGUUUUGUCUUGAAAUAAACUUACUGAAAUAUC